UCCAAGAUGAUUUUGCUGUUCCUCUUGUUUGGUCUCUCUCUGGCUGCUGAGGCUCCUUCAGACAAACAGGAGAUGAAAGUACAGCAGGACAACUGUCCCCCAUUCUGGUACAUCUUUAAUGGACGCUGCUACAAGUACGUUGCCACCUUGAUGACCUGGGCUGAUGCAGAGCAGCACUGUGUGAACCAAGGAGCCAACCUGGUGUCCAUCCACAGUCUGGAAGAAGAGAACUUUGUCAAAAGCCUGAUCAGAAACUUUGAUCCCACUGAGGGAAUCAACUGGAUCGGACUGUCUGAUGCUCAGAAGGAUGGAACAUAUUUCUGGUCUGACGGGUCUGGAUUCAGCUUCAAGCUGUGGAAUGCAGGAGAACCAAACAACGAUGGAGGAUCUGAACACUGUGUGCACACCAACUGGGACUCAGCCAAGGGAUGGAAUGAUAAAGUGUGUACAGAUAGAUUUGCCUUUGUUUGCAAACUCAAAAGGUUUACUGAGAAUGUAAUUAUGUAUAAGUUCAUUUAA